AUGGCGUACAACGCGCAAAACUACGGGGACGCCCACAACAACGAAUACACGCCCGGCAGGCACGAUGAGGACGAGGUCGGUCGCUCUCUCCUGCACGAGAACGCGGCAGGCACCCAGCAAGACCCCUUCUACGGCCACCCGGAGAACCGCCCACACUCGACCUACAGCCUGACCGAGACAUAUGCCACCGACCGCCCGACACAGUACCCCAGCGAGGCCCACGGCGGCUCUGACGUCUACUCGGCCACCGGUGGCUACGAGCCUGCCGCCGACUUUGGCGCUGCCCAACGGGUCUCCUCGCCCUACCAGAGGAGCGAGACCAGCUCGACCGAGGCCUGGCGACAGCGCCAGCAGCCAGGCGGUGCCGUUGCUGCUGCCGGUGGCCUCAAGCGCGGCAUGACGCGCAAGGUCAAGCUUGUGCAGGGCUCCGUCCUCAGCGCCGACUAUCCCGUCCCCUCUGCCAUCCAGAACGCCAUCCAGGCAAAGUACCGCAACGACCUCGAGAGUGGCAGUGAGGAGUUUACACACAUGCGCUACACGGCCGCGACAUGUGACCCCAACGACUUCACCCUGAAGAACGGCUACAAUCUGCGCCCGGCCAUGUACAACCGCCACACCGAGCUGCUCAUCGCUGUUACGUACUACAACGAAGACAAGGUGCUCACGGCUCGUACACUCCACGGUGUUAUGCAGAACAUCCGCGACAUCGUCAACCUGAAGAAGUCCGAGUUCUGGAACAAAGGAGGUCCAGCCUGGCAGAAGAUCGUCGUCUGCUUGGUCUUCGACGGUAUCGACCCUUGCGACAAGGGCACACUCGAUCUGCUCGCUACCAUCGGUAUCUACCAGGACGGUGUCAUGAAGAAGGACAUUGACGGAAACGAGACCGUUGCGCACAUCUUCGAGUACACCACUCAGCUGUCCGUUACGCCCAACCAGCAGCUGAUCCGUCCUCACGACGACAGCGCCAGCACGCUUCCUCCCGUCCAGAUGAUAUUCUGCUUGAAGCAGAAGAACACCAAGAAGAUCAACUCCCACAGAUGGCUCUUCACCGCCAUUGGCCGCAUCCUCAACCCCGAAGUCUGCAUCCUGCUCGAUGCCGGUACCAAGCCUGGUCCCAAGUCCCUGCUCGCUCUCUGGGAGGCUUUCUACAACGACAAGGACCUGGGCGGUGCUUGUGGUGAAAUCCACGCCAUGUUGGGCAAGGGCUGGAAGAACCUGCUCAACCCGCUCGUUGCGUCCCAGAACUUCGAGUACAAGAUCAGUAACAUUCUCGACAAGCCGCUGGAAUCGUCUUUCGGAUACGUCUCGGUUUUGCCCGGUGCUUUCUCCGCCUACCGUUAUCGCGCGAUCAUGGGCAGACCCCUGGAGCAAUAUUUCCACGGUGAUCACACGCUAGCCAAGAUUCUUGGCAAGAAAGGUAUCGAGGGCAUGAACAUUUUCAAGAAGAACAUGUUCUUGGCCGAAGAUCGUAUUCUCUGCUUCGAAUUGGUCGCCAAGGCUGGCUCCAAGUGGCAUCUUACCUACGUAAAGGCCUCCAAGGGUGAAACCGAUGUGCCCGAAGGGGUUGCCGAAUUCAUCGGUCAGCGUCGUCGUUGGCUCAACGGUUCCUUUGCUGCCGGUAUCUACUCGCUUCUUCACUUCGGCCGCAUGUACAAGUCCGGCCACAACAUCCUCCGCAUGUUUUUCCUCCACUUUCAAAUGCUCUACACCACCUGUAACACCAUCCUCACUUGGUUCUCCAUGGCUUCCUUCUGGCUUACUACCGCCGUCAUCAUGGACCUUGUAGGCACACCUACCGAGAACAAGAAGGCAUGGCCUUUCGGAAACAAAGUCACCCCCAUCUUCAACACCAUCGUCCAAUACGUCUACCUGGCUUUCCUCGGUCUUCAGUUCAUUCUCGCCUUUGGUAACCGUCCCAAGGGUUCCGUCUGGUCCUACCUGCUCUCGUUCGGUGUGUUUGCCUUGAUCCAGUUCUAUGUCGUCAUCUUGUCCCUGUACCUCGUUGUCCAAGCGUUCACGAACCCAACAUCGCAGAAGCUCGACACUUCUUCGCCAUCUGCAUUUGCCGAAUCCUUCUUCGCGUCGGAUGGUGUCGGUAUCAUUAUUAUUGCGCUUGCGUCUACGUUCGGUCUCUACUACGUUGCGUCGUUCCUGUACAUGGACCCGUGGCACAUGUUUACCUCGUUCCCCCAGUACCUGCUCAUCAUGUCGUCGUACAUCAACAUUCUCAAUGUUUACGCCUUCUCCAACUGGCACGAUGUUUCUUGGGGUACAAAGGGUUCCGACAAGGCUGAGGCUCUGCCCUCUGCGAAAACAGAAAAGGGCGACGAUGGAAAAACUACGGUCAUUGAAGAACCGGAUUUGCCCCAAGCCGACAUUGACUCUCAGUUCGAGGCUACCGUCAAGCGUGCUUUGGCUCCUUACGUUCCUCCUGUUGAGAGCAACGAGAAGACCCUUGAGGAUUCUUACAAGGCUUUCCGUACCCAUUUGUGUACUCUCUGGAUUGGGUCCAACGUUCUGCUUGCCGUCGUUGUUACCCAGGACAGCUUUGACCGUUUCGGUUUCUCGUCGUCCGCCACCACCCGAACUGCCCACUUCUUCCAGGCCCUUCUUUGGGCAACUGCCGGUCUGGCUAUAGUUCGCUUCCUGGGAUGUUUGUGGUUCCUUGGACGCACUGGUAUCUUCUUCUGCGUGCGACGUCGCUAG